AUGACUUCAAAAUCCUAUCCACCCAAGGACCCUACCGACAUGACAAAUGCCACGCGAGGACUAAUUACCAGUCUAGAGCCAUGUGUGGUCUACUCGGACACCGACCCAUCCAAAGCCAUCUGGGAUAACGACUCCUUUGACUUUUUGGCAGAAGAGUACCCCCCUCAUUUCGCAAACCCUUCGCUCUGGAGACAGUCUCAACUCUGCCAAAAGCAGGGCCUUUUCAGAGUUCGUCCUGGCAUCUACCAGGUCCGCGGACUAGAUCUCUCCAACAUCACGUUCAUCGAGUGUCCAAACACAAAGGGAGUGGCAGUUAUUGACCCGCUCAUCUCGGUUGAAACUGCUAGGAAGGCCCUUGAACUGUAUCAAGGCCAGUUUCCAGAUAGGACUAUCAAAGCGUUGAUCUACACCCAUUCUCAUGUGGACCAUUUCGGCGGAGCGAAAGCCAUUGCAGACGCUGCUGGCGAGGGUCUGAAAGUGUACGCGCCUAAUGGAUUCCUCGAACAUGCCGUCAGCGAGAACGUCUACGCUGGAAACGCCAUGGGCCGUCGAGCGGUGUACAUGUAUGGCGAGUCCUUGCCACGGCAGCGAGAUGGCCAAAUCGGCUGCGGGCUGGGUCUCACUGUUUCAACCGGCGUAUCGGGAUUGAUCCCACCCACGACUAACAUCACGCGUACGGGCGAGAAAAUCAUCGUAGACGAUGAUCUUGAAAUUGAAUGUCAGUUAACGCCAGGAACUGAGGCGCCGGCGGAAAUGAACAUGUAUUUCCCUCAGUAUAACGCUCUCUGCAUGGCCGAAAACGCUACUCAUACUCUUCACAACAUUCAAACCUUGAGAGGUGCUUUGGUACGCGACGCUCGCGUUUGGGCUAAGUAUCUUGAUGAGGCUAUCGUUCGCUAUGGGAAGGACGCACAUGUUGUAUUCUCCAGUCAUCACUGGCCUACAUGGGAUAACGAGAACGUCAAUGAGUUCCUGAACAAGCAGCGCGAUCUGUACGCCUAUCUGCAUAAUGAAACUCUCCGUCUUCUCAACACGGGUCAAACAGGCAUAGAAAUUGCCGAGCAUUUCCAUCUUCCACCAUCCUUGAACAAUACCUGGAGUGCGCGCGGCUACUACGGGUCAAUCAGCCACAAUGUCAAGGCGAUCUACAAUCGCUACAUGGGCUGGUUCGACGGAAACCCCGCUCACCUAUGGGAACAUCCACCCGUGGCAACUGCAAAGCGCUACGUGAAAUGCAUGGGCGGGAUAGAGAAAGUGAUCGACUUGGCCAAAGAGUUCAUGGAUGAGGGGGACCUUCGUUUCGCCGCAACACUCCUGAACCAUGCCGUGUAUGCCGACCAAAACAAUGACCAGGCCAGAAACCAGCUCUCAUCAGUCUAUCGCCAACUGGGAUACGGCGCCGAAAACGGUGUCUGGCGUAACUUUUACCUUACUGGUGCGCGCGAGCUGCAUCCCCAGAACAAACCUCAGGGUUCCCAGCUAGUAAUGUCGGCGGAGACAUUGAUGGCUCUUGAUCUAGAGCAAUUGUUCGAUAGUAUCUCUAUCCGUGUGGACGGACCGAAAGCAUGGGGUCGGUCAUUCACGAUUGACUUCAUGAUCACGGAUAUGAAAAGGGGAUGGCAUUUGAAUUUGGGUAAUGGUGCCUUGACUGGCCAUGAAAUCGAGUACCGGGAGCCGUCGGAUACGGCAGAUGCGUCUUUGGAAGUUUGGCUGACACAUAAGGAUCUGGCUGCUUUGAUUGCUGGAGAUCGGAAGGAUCUUGACGGCCUCACCACGGCUGGCGACGUUAAAUGUUGGGAGACGUUGGCGUCAUUGCUCACUACACCUGACCCUGCUUUUGCGAUUGUGACCCCCAGAGCGAUAAAUGAUUCAACUUCCUAG